UGUUACUCGCGAUGACGACCGCUGAACUCAAACAACAUCCUUAAAAAUGUAGAACACCAUCACGAUAAUGAUUAUGAACGAAGGGUCGUAUUCUUAUGACGUAGUUAACGAACUCUUCAAGCCGAUAGAAGAAUUGGGAUGGUUGUUCGUCAAUGUUUUUUGGGGAAAAGAGUCGGUAAUUGUUAAUAAUUGUUAUUACUGCAUGACUGUGGAAGAUGUUAUUUUACUAGUUGGAACUUUCGUAGCGUUCGUCGCAUUUAUCCUUUGGUGUUGUUUUCCGGUAAUACCAAGAGACGGAAAACCAUUAUUUCAAGUCCGCAGUGAUGCUUUUUACAGAGAAUUUUGCACCAGAGAAGACCGAUAUAACGAAAUUCGACAAAAAAAUUAGUUUGCCUAAGAAACUUCAAAAUCUAAAGAUUAACUCAUUGUACAAACUCAUUAUUAAAUAAAAAUCACAUAUCGUUAAACUUGUAACAAUUGUGAACAUUGUUGAAAAACCUGAAAGGCUUCCACAAUUCGAAAUAUGUAUGAUAGUCCCCUGCUUUAAAUUUUGUACGCAAUUAAACAAUUUUUGGAAAAUAGAAAAAGUUUCAAAUAUGUUAUAUUUUAAAAUGUUGUUAUAAAUAUCGUAAAAACCUUUGUUAAUUUUCAUUUCUUACACGAAUAUUUAUUUGAAGUACUUAAUUUUAAAUUAUAUUUUUUCUUAAACUCCUGUGAUCAAAUACCUACAUACUUAUAAAUAAAAACAUA